UUAGUUUAGGAUAAGCAAUGCAUUUUGUGGUUAGGUAUAGCAGAGCGAGCAGUGUCAGGUAGUUUUGUUGAACUUAUUUUUUUUUAGGCUUUAUUACGAAUUUUAACUUAAAAUUAGUAUUAGUUGUAAAGUCGUUAAAAAUUUGAUUCAAGUUUAAGGGUACUUCGUCAUCAUAUUUGUUGCAUAUUGUGUUUAUAUUAACAAAAUAAUGCAUGGAUGGUAUAACUCGAGAACUAUUCAGUAUUCGUGGGUAUUUUGAGGAAUUUCAACAUUUUUGUAUAUUUGGUGUAUUUACUACUUACACAAAUACUGGUUAAGACUUUGAUACGCUGCCGUUAAAAAAUAUCAAUAGAAGAUAUAACCUUUAGCAGCUUAAAGAUCAAAGUGCAGUUUCGUUGGCCAAUAGCGAUUGAUAAUAAAUAGAAAUGACUGUGAAGGGCAAGAUUCUCAAGACAUUAAUACUGGGUGCUCCGGCCUCAGGGAAGGGCACAAUAUCUUCAAGAAUAGUGAAGAAAUACGCCGUUGAGCAUGUUUCAAGUGGAGACAAACUUAGAGAUCACAUUGAGAAACAAACAGAGCUUGGAAAAGAAGUCAAGAAAUAUUUGAACGAAGGAAAACUCGUCCCUGAUGAAGUAAUGAUAAAAUUUAUGUUGACCGAAUUAAAUAAAGUGGCAAAUAAGCCAUGGUUACUUGAUGGCUUUCCUAGGACUGUGGGUCAAGCUGAAGCUCUAUGGAAAGUACAGCCGGUUGAUGUCGUUUUGAACUUAAUAGUGCCUUUUGAGGUUAUAAUUGAUAGAGUGAAAAGCCGUUGGGUCCAUCUGCCCUCUGGAAGGGUAUACAAUAUUGGUUUUAACACACCAAAAGUUGCAGGAAAAGAUGAUGAAACUGGUGAAGCAUUAAUUCAAAGGCCUGAUGAUAAGCCAGAGGCUGUGCAAAAGCGACUUGAAAUAUAUGAGAGUAUCACUAGACCGGUUAUUGAAUUUUACAAAAAGAAAGGUAUUCUCAAAGAAUUUGAAGGACGUACAUCAGAUGAAAUUUGGCCUAAAGUGACUGCUUAUUUAGACCCUUUGCUGCAUAAGUAAAACAUUUUUUUAACUAUAAGUGUAAACUGGUGCUAAGUAGUCACAAGUUAAUUUUUAGGAAGUUUUUAUGUUAUAUGUAGUAAAGGAGAGCAAUAUUUUGAUAUACUUAAGUAGUUUAGGUUUGAAUAUGGUUUUGUUGAUUUUUAUAAGUUUACUUGAUGACUAAAUCAUGGUAUUCCAAAUCAUAGUGCCUAGGUAUUUUUGUCAGGUAUAUUAAAAGGUUUUCAUUCUUUUUUUUUAAUGGUGCUUAAGGAAUGUUCCACUUUAUAUUAUUCGUUAACAAAUAAUAUCUACAUUAAUGUUAUUUGUUUUGCUUUGUUAUAGGUGUUAUAUUUUUAUAAAGUUUUUAGUGCAAUGAAAGUUCUGAAAACCAUGUAAAAGGACUGUAGCCUUCCAUAUUGUAAAAAAAAUAAGUGUAUGCACAAUAAUAAGGCAAGAAAAGUUAGUGCCUUGCAAGCCUCAUUAGUUACAUAUCAGAUUUGAAUAUUCCACAUUUUCUAAGUGCUCAAAAAUAUUUUAUAGAAAGAAUAUUUUUUCUAGUCUUAAUCUAAAUAUGUCAUAUUCCAAAGAGGUCAAGAGCUGCUAUUGGCCCUUAAUGUAUUUUUUUAUAAAGAGGUAGGUAAGUAGGUAGGUACUUACUCAAAUAAAACUCAAAAGUAGUUUUUAUUUAUUUAUUUUUAUUUUUUCUUUUGUUUUCUGUUGUAAAAUUAUAUGAAGUAAAUAUGAUUAAAAUGAU